AUGCAGGUCCAGGUCCGGGUCCGGGCUAGUCAGGGUGUGUGCCCUGACAAACCUGUGGAAUUUCCGACCCAUUCCACAUCAUCCUUACCAACCCAGCCACCUGACAGCUGCCACAGGGAUGACCCUGGUGAUCUUGGGCCUGAGCUAGAUGACGAUGAUGACAACACCUCUGUGGCCAGCAUCGAUGAUGAUCUGCCUGCAGAUUUCUCAUCUCUUGAGAUCUUCAUGCAACACCUAUCAAAUGCUCAGAGAACUCUUGCUCAGCUUGCUAACAUCAGGGGUCAAAUACCUGGCCAUUGUGUCAAGUAUACUGGCUGCACUGUGAAUGGCCAGCGUUCACACCACUCUCAGUUCUUGGAUGCCCAGAUGUUAGAGACCGGAAGCGAGACGAAGGAGUUGUCUCCGUGA